AUGCCGCCUCAAAUCAAGCAAGAUCUGAAUCGCUCAGGAUGGGAGUCGACCGACUUUCCAUCCGUGUGUGAGAACUGUCUUCCAGACAAUCCAUACGUGAAGAUGUUGAAGGAAGACUAUGGCGCAGAAUGCAAAUUGUGCACACGACCAUUCACAGUAUUCGGGUGGAACGCGACGCGCUCCGCCGGUCGCAAGCAACGAACCAAUAUUUGCCUAACAUGCGCCCGCCUCAAGAACUGCUGCCAGUGCUGCAUGCUCGAUCUCUCCUUCGGCCUUCCCAUUGCCAUCCGUGACGCAGCUCUCAAGAUGGUCGCGCCAGGCCCACAGUCCGAGAUCAACCGCGAAUACUUUGCCCAAAACAACGAGAAGCUUAUCGAGGACGGCCAAGGAACGGAGGAAUACGAGAAGACCGAUGAUAAGGCACGAGAGCUAUUGCGGAAGCUGGCCCAGAGCAAACCCUAUUUCAAAAAGGGACGCGCCGUGGACGAAGCCGACAUUGCUGCCGAGAGGAGCGGUGAUGUUGCUGUGGGGGCGGGCAUGGGUGGACCAGGUCCGAUCCGAACACGAGACAGCCGCGCAGCCGCAGCUGCGGGUGCGAAAACGACAAUGUCGGGGAGGAGUCGACAAGCGUUCCCCAGCGCGGCGCAGCUCCCGCCGACGCCUCGCGAUUACAUGCCCCCGGCCGAUCCCAAGAUCAUGUCACUGUUCGUCACGGGAGUGGAGGACGACUUGCCGGAGCACAAGAUCCGAGACUUCUUCAAGGCCUUUGGCAAGAUCAAGAGCUUGGUCUGCUCCCACAUGUCGCAUUGCGCAUUCAUCAACUAUGAGACACGUGAAGCGGCCGAGAAGGCGGCGGCAGCAUGUCAGGGACGGGCCGUCAUUGCUGGGUGCCCCCUCCGAAUACGAUGGGGCCAGCCCAAAGCUAUUGGCAACAUGGACAAGCAGGAGCGCGCACAGAUGCUAGGUGAUGCAAGGGUACAAUCCAGGGCAAGGCAGGGCGGCCAACAAAAAGCGAUUGAGGGGGGUUCAUCGUCGUCACAAGCGAAUGCCGUCCAGAGUACGGUGGCCGCGCCGCCGGGCGCAGAAGAUACACCGCAAUAUGCGAGUCUGGCUGGAGACUAG